AUGGUUCCAAACCGUUGGCCGCCCGAACCGCGGCAACACUACUCCUGGUCGUCCCUCAAGCGAACAAACACAAAUCUCGCGGAGAAGCAGCUCCUUCGUGCUCGCCUGGCUGCGCUCGGUUUUCACUGCAUAUGCUGGGAUAAUGUGCAAAUUAUAUUCAGUGUGCACGCGACUCAGCGCGAGCAAGGCCCUACCAAGUUCAUAAAAGGUACUCAAGUGGUUCUGUAUGUCAGGGAGGGUAAUCCACUCAAUCUCGCCGAGUGCCUCCCUGAUAUUCUUGCUCGUCGUGCUACUGGCGAGACCUUGUCAAAAUUCUUCGGCAGUCCUUAG